GAGAUAUGUAGAUUGAGCGUCGCUCCUAGCUCGGUCGCGGUCGCAGUGAAAGCAUUACACGUAUACGCUGAUGAUCAACUUGGGCCAGUGAAGACCACAAAGAAUCAAGAGGAUAAUGCACGAACUCCGGAUAUGUGCCAAACUAUCCCAUAUAAAUAUUCUCCACAUUUGUGGUUAUACGUAUGGCUUCGGCCCACUUCCAGCGAUAGUCAGUCUUUGGGCUGAGAAUGGUAACUUGACGGUCUAUUUGGAGCGUGAGGGUGCGGCUCCGACACACGUUUGACGAUUCCGACUGCUAAGGGAUAUCAUAGUUGGUCUGCAAUAUCGCAUGUCAUAGACUUUCAUCCUGCCGGACCGAGCUGUAACUACGCUUCGUAGUUCACGCCAACAAAGUAAUUCAUGGCGACUUCAAUGGGGUAAUUACCAUCUUUUCGAUGGUUACAACUUCAUAGAGACGUAAGCUUCAGCCUAACGUGUUGAUCCAUGGUGAUGGCACUGCAUGUAUUGCUGGGUUGGCCUUCCCUUAAUGUAUUCCGAGGUUAUAAGCACCUCUCAGGCUUCGUGGACGUCCACACUCAAACGAAACGUGCGAUGGAUGGC